GAGAGGGGAAGGGCGAGUGCGGCGCCGCCACCGCCGGCAACUUUGUGAGCGAGUUCAGUGCGUGCGUGAGCGAGUGAGCGAAAAAGGAGAGCGCGCGGCGGACGCACCCUGGACGCGCGGCGGCACCGGGAGGUCGGGCCGAGCGGUUAAAUUUCAAUUGUGAAUCUCCUAUAGUACUGACUGUAACCUAAUUUCCAAGAUUUCUAUAAAAGAGAUAGUCAGAAGGACUGUACUUUCAGAUUUUGAGAGAGUACCUCAAGUGGGUGUCACAAGCAAGAUUUACUACCAACUUUGCAAUGGAAUAAGGUACCUGUUUGGAUAGUUGCAGCUCGUCCCAGAAAAAUCACUCUAGUGUAAUUGCAACCUGUUGGUUUACAGAUUAUUAAUUGCUGAAGUGGGUGCUGUUGCCUAAAUGUCUGUGGUCAUGGCACCAAAGUUCAAGAAAGCAUGGGAUUAUGGCAAUCGCAGAGUUCCAGUAAUGCAAGUUCCAUUCAGUUUUUUCUGAAAGAAAGCCAUCUAUUUAAGUGAAGCAAAGAAACUAUUGUGGAUUAUAAUAUUUUGAAGAUCUGGAUUUUCAGUGGUUUGAAAGUAAAGCGUCGUUCGUUUAACCUUUUAAAUGAAAAAGAUUAAGAUCUCAUGCAACUCUUACAUUUUAUGGAAGCUAUUCUCCAAAAGGGAAGUACACAUUUAAAACACAGAUAUGAUGGUCCUUUCUGUAGGAAUUUAAGCCUGAUUACUUUUACAUCAUGACCAGCUUGAAACGGUCACAGACAGAAAGGCCUGUUGCUACCGAAAGGGCCUCUGUUGUGGGAACAGAUGGCACUCCCAAAGUGCACUCUGAUGACUUCUACAUGCGACGCUUCAGGUCCCAGAAUGGCAGUUUAGGAUCCUCAGUCAUGGCGCCUGUAGGGCCCCCUCGAAGUGAAGGCCCUCACCAUAUAACCUCAACCCCCGGAGUCCCAAAGAUGGGGGUUAGGGCAAGGAUUGCAGAUUGGCCCCCAAGAAAGGAAAACGUGAAAGAAUCUAGCCGUUCAAGCCAGGAAAUAGAAACCUCAAGUUGCCUUGAGAGCAUGUCCUCCAAAAGCAGUCCUGUGAGUCAGGGAAGUUCUGUUAGCCUCAAUUCCAAUGACUCAGCUAUGUUAAAAAGCAUACAGAACACGCUGAAAAACAAGACGAGACCGUCGGAGAACAUGGACUCCAGAUUUCUCAUGCCUGAAGCCUAUCCCAGCUCCCCUAGAAAAGCUCUUCGCAGAAUACGGCAACGGAGCAACAGCGAUAUCACCAUAAGUGAACUUGAUGUGGAUAGCUUUGAUGAAUGUAUUUCACCCACAUAUAAGACUGGACCAUCACUGCACAGGGAAUAUGGUAGCACAUCUUCAAUUGAUAAGCAGGGAACAUCUGGAGAAAGCUUUUUUGACUUGUUAAAGGGCUACAAAGAUGACAAAUCUGACCGAGGUCCAACCCCAACUAAGCUCAGUGACUUUCUCAUUGCCGGUGGGGGCAAGGGGUCUGGUUUCUCCUUGGAUGUUAUAGAUGGGCCCAUCUCACAAAGGGAGAACCUCAGGCUCUUUAAGGAAAGGGAAAAACCACUCAAGCGACGUUCCAAGUCUGAAACUGGAGACUCAUCCAUUUUUCGUAAACUACGCAAUGCCAAAGGUGAAGAACUUGGAAAGUCGUCGGAUCUUGAAGAUAACCGAUCAGAAGACUCUGUCAGGCCUUGGACGUGCCCUAAGUGCUUUGCCCACUACGAUGUCCAGAGUAUAUUAUUUGACUUGAAUGAGGCAAUUAUGAAUAGGCACAAUGUUAUUAAGAGGAGAAACACCACCACAGGAGCUUCGGCCGCUGCUGUGGCAUCCUUGGUCUCUGGACCUUUGUCCCAUUCAGCCAGUUUUAGCUCCCCCAUGGGCAGCACAGAAGACCUGAAUUCCAAAGGAAGCCUCGGUAUGGACCAGGGAGACGAUAAAAGCAACGAACUUGUAAUGAGCUGUCCAUAUUUUCGGAAUGAGAUUGGUGGAGAAGGUGAAAGGAAAAUCAGCCUGUCAAAAUCAAAUUCUGGUUCUUUUAGUGGAUGUGAAAGUGCCUCCUUUGAGUCUACCCUUAGCUCCCAUUGCACAAACGCCGGAGUGGCAGUUCUUGAAGUGCCCAAGGAAAACUUGGUGAUGCAUCUAGAUAGAGUGAAAAGAUACAUUGUGGAACACGUGGAUCUUGGUGCAUACUAUUAUAGGAAAUUUUUCUAUCAGAAGGAACACUGGAACUAUUUUGGGGCAGAUGAAAAUCUUGGUCCGGUGGCUGUGAGCAUUCGAAGGGAAAAACCAGAAGAAAUGAAGGAAAAUGGAUCUCCAUACAACUACCGGAUAAUUUUUAGAACUAGUGAGCUCAUGACACUGAGAGGGUCAGUCCUGGAGGAUGCUAUCCCCUCAACGGCAAAACACUCGACAGCCAGAGGGCUUCCCCUGAAAGAAGUGCUGGAGCACGUGAUUCCUGAGCUCAAUGUCCAGUGCCUGCGGUUGGCCUUUAACACCCCCAAAGUCACAGAGCAGCUCAUGAAACUGGAUGAACAAGGGCUGAACUAUCAGCAGAAGGUAGGCAUCAUGUACUGCAAAGCUGGACAGAGCACCGAAGAAGAGAUGUACAACAAUGAAUCAGCCAGCCCAGCCUUUGAGGAAUUCCUUCAGCUAUUGGGAGAACGUGUUCGGCUCAAAGGAUUUGAGAAAUACCGUGCACAGCUUGACACCAAAACUGACUCAACUGGAACUCAUUCUCUGUACACAACAUACAAAGACUAUGAAAUUAUGUUCCAUGUUUCUACCAUGCUGCCCUACACACCUAACAACAAGCAACAGCUCCUACGCAAGCGGCACAUUGGAAAUGAUAUUGUAACAAUAGUUUUCCAAGAACCUGGAGCACAGCCAUUCAGCCCGAAAAACAUUCGUUCCCACUUUCAGCACGUUUUCGUCAUUGUCAGGGUUCACAACCCUUGCACGGACAGUGUCUGUUACAGUGUGGCAGUCACCAGGUCCAGAGAUGUGCCUUCCUUUGGGCCUCCCAUCCCCAGAGGAGUCACUUUCCCUAAAUCAAAUGUGUUCAGGGACUUCCUUUUGGCCAAAGUGAUUAAUGCAGAAAACGCUGCUCAUAAAUCAGAAAAGUUCCGGGCCAUGGCUACUCGGACCCGCCAAGAAUACCUGAAAGAUCUGGCAGAAAAGAAUGUCACCAACACCCCUAUCGAUCCUUCUGGCAAGUUCCCGUUCAUCUCUUUGGCCUCCAAGAAGAAGGAGAAGUCCAAGCCAUAUCCAGGAGCCGAGCUCAGUAGCAUGGGUGCCAUUGUGUGGGCAAUCCGGGCCAAAGACUACGACCAGGCUAUGGAAAUUGACUGUCUCUUGGGGAUCUCCAAUGAGUUCAUCGUCCUCAUUGAACAGGAAACAAAGAGCGUGGUUUUCAAUUGCUCCUGCAGAGAUGUGAUAGGGUGGACUUCAACUGACACCAGCCUCAAAAUCUUCUAUGAGCGAGGAGAAUGUGUUUCUGUGGAGAGUUUCAUAAACAAUGAGGAUAUCAAAGAGAUUGUCAAAAGGUUACAGUUUGUGUCCAAAGGUUGUGAAUCAGUGGAGAUGACUCUGCGGAGGAACGGGCUAGGACAGCUUGGCUUCCACGUCAACUACGAAGGCAUCGUGGCUGACGUAGAGCCCUAUGGCUAUGCCUGGCAGGCAGGCCUGAGGCAGGGCAGCCGGCUGGUGGAGAUCUGCAAAGUGGCAGUGGCCACUCUGAGCCAUGAGCAGAUGAUCGAUCUCCUGAGAACAUCCGUCACAGUGAAGGUGGUCAUUAUCCCCCCCCAUGAUGACUGCACCCCACGGAGGAGUUGCUCUGAAACCUACCGCAUGCCAGUGAUGGAGUACAAAAUGAAUGAAGGGAUUUCAUACGAAUUCAAAUUUCCUUUCCGAAAUAACAAUAAAUGGCAGAGGAAUGCCAGUAAGGGGACUCAUUCGCCUCAAGUCCCAUCCCAGGUACAGAGUCCCAUGACCUCUCGGCUGAAUGCUGGAAAGGGGGAUGGGAAGAUGCCUCCUCCCGAAAGAGCGGCCAACAUUCCUCGAAGCAUCUCCAGUGACGGGCGUCCGCUGGAGAGGCGACUAUCUCCUGGUUCGGACAUCUACGUGACGGUCUCGUCCAUUGCUUUAGCAAGAUCCCAGCAGUGCCGUAACUCCCCUAGCAACCUGUCUUCAUCCAGUGAGACUGGCUCUGGUGGGGGCACUUAUAGACAGAAGUCCAUGCCAGAAGGGUUUGGAGUAAGCCGCAGAUCCCCAGCCUCCAUUGACAGGCAGAAUACCCAGUCAGAUAUUGGUGGCAGUGGAAAAUCCACACCCAGCUGGCAAAGGAGUGAGGACAGCAUUGCCGACCAGAUGGAGCCAACGUGCCACCUCCCAGCAGUAUCAAAGGUACUGCCCGCUUUCCGUGAGAGCCCCAGUGGGAGAUUGAUACGGCAGGAUCCAGUGGUUCAUUUGUCUCCAAACAAGCAAGGGCAUUCUGAUAGCCACUAUUCGAGCCACUCCAGUAGCAAUACUCUCUCCAGCAACGCAUCGAGUGCCCACAGUGACGAGAAGUGGUAUGAUGGGGACCGCACUGAAUCUGAACUCAGCAGCUAUAACUAUCUGCAGGGCACCUCUGCGGACAGCGGCAUUGACACCACCUCCUACGGCCCCGGCCAUGGAAGCACAGCCUCCCUGGGGGCCGCCACAUCGUCGCCUCGCUCAGGGCCCGUCAAGGAGAAAGUGGCACCCCUGUGGCACAGCUCCAGUGAAGUGAUCUCUUUGGCAGACCGGACUUUAGAGGCAGAGAGCCACGGCAUGGACCGGAAAGCAGAGUCUUCCUUGAGCUUGGAUAUCCACAGCAAGAGCCAAGUAGGCUCGGGCCCUCUGACAAGGGAGAACAGUACUUUCAGUAUCAGCGAUGCUGCUUCCCACACAAGUACCAUGAGCUCCCGACACUCUGCCAGCCCAGUUGUUUUCACCAGCGCCAGGAGUUCCCCGAAAGAAGAACUUCAUCCUGCCACCUCCUCGCAGCUGGCACCUUCGUUCUCUUCCUCCUCCUCCUCCUCAUCUGGUCCCAGGACUUUCUACCCUCGCCAGGGUGCUACGAGCAAGUACCUGAUUGGAUGGAAAAAACCAGAAGGAACCAUAAACUCUGUAGGAUUUAUGGACACAAGAAAGCGUCAUCAGAGUGAUGGCAAUGAAAUAGCCCACACCAGGCUACAGGCCUCAACCAGGGACCUCCGGGCAUCUCCUAAGCCAACUUCCAAGUCCACCAUUGAAGAGGAUCUGAAGAAACUGAUCGACCUUGAAAGCCCAACUCCUGAAUCACAGAAAAAUUUUAAGUUCCAUGCACUCUCCUCUCCUCAGUCUCCUUUCCCUCCCACCCCGACCUCAAGGCGGGCCUUGCACAGAACGCUGUCGGAUGAAAGUAUUUACAGUGGCCAGAGGGAGCACUUCUUCACCUCAAGGGCUUCACUUCUGGACCAAGCCCUGCCCAACGAUGUCCUCUUCAGUAGCACAUACCCUUCUCUCCCUAAGUCUCUUCCGCUACGGAGACCUUCUUACACCUUAGGGAUGAAGUCAUUACAUGGAGAGUUCUCAGCUUCAGACAGCUCCCUCACUGACAUCCAGGAGACCCAAAGGCAGCCCAUGCCCGACCCCGGCCUGAUGCCCUUGCCUGAUGCUGCUGCAGAUUUGGAUUGGUCCAACUUGGUGGAUGCUGCCAAAGCCUACGAGGUCCAGAGAGCCUCGUUGUUUGCUGCUAGUGAUGAAAACCAUUGCCCCUUGAGUGCCGCAUCCAACAGCGAUCAGCUUGAGGACCAGGCUCUGGCCCAGAUGAAGUCUUACAGCAGCAGUAAGGAUUCCUCUCCCACUCUGGCUUCUAAAGUGGACCAACUGGAAGGCAUGCUGAAGAUGCUUCGGGAAGAUUUGAAGAAGGAAAAAGAAGACAAAGCCCACCUUCAGGCGGAAGUUCAGCACUUGCGUGAGGACAACCUGAGGCUACAAGAGGAGUCCCAGAAUGCCUCGGACAAGCUGAAGAAGUUCACGGAAUGGGUCUUCAAUACCAUAGACAUGAGCUAGGGAAGGCUAAGGUGGAAAGGAGAAGGCGGACCACGGGGAGUGCGCUCUCUAGCAGGACCUUGAAGCCCCUUGUUCAUGCCAUUGAAAGCAUUCUCAGAGCACCUCCCCCAGCUUCCUCCUUUGCCUCUUGUCGGGGAGUGCACAACACAACAAUUGCAGAUCAACAAUCAUUAUCUGCCUUUUGUAGAAAAGAAAAACAAAAGUAAAUAAAAAUUUUAAAAAGUAAAAGUUUAACUGCUAAAAUGUGAAUGUCUUUAUUUUUUUGCACAAUAUCUUUAUCUGUC